AGAUUCACUGGUUUGUUGAUGUAUGUGUGUCAUGUAAGAGCUCAAUAUCACGUGAUCUCGUGAUGUAUCAAACACCUGUUCAUCUGACUGCCAGACAGUCAAGACGAUCAAGCUGAUUUCUGCGUUGUCAUCGCUCGGUGUUUUAUAAAAGACACAAUGGCAAAGGAAAAGAUUCACAUCAGUAUCGUUGUGAUCGGCCAUGUGGACUCGGGGAAGUCCACGACCACUGGUCAUCUCAUCUACAAGUGUGGAGGGAUUGACAAAAGGGCCAUUCAGAAGUAUGAGAAGGAAGCACAGGAGAUUGGCAAGGGGUCCUUCAAGUAUGCCUGGGUUUUGGACAAACUGAAAGCCGAGAGAGAAAGGGGUAUCACUAUCGAUAUUGCUCUGUGGAAGUUUGAGACAACUAAGUACUAUAUCACCGUCAUUGACGCUCCAGGACACAGAGACUUCAUCAAGAACAUGAUCACUGGAACUUCACAGGCUGACUGUGCUGUUCUCAUUGUGGCAUCGGGAACAGGAGAGUUCGAAAGUGGAAUAUCCAAAACUGGCCAGACAAGAGAACAUGCUCUGCUUGCCUACACGCUGGGGGUAAAACAAAUGAUUGUUGGCGUGAAUAAGAUGGACACUACGGAACCACCCUUUUCUGAAAGGAGGUUUCAGGAAAUUGUCACCGAGGUUAAAACCUACUUGAAAAAGGUUGGCUUUGAUCCUAAAUCAGUGGCAUUUGUUCCUAUCUCUGGUUGGCAUGGGGACAACAUGCUUGAAGAAAGUGAAAACAUGCCUUGGUAUAAAGGUUGGUCCAUCGAGAAAAGUAUUGGUAAUAAACAAGUAAAAGCUUCAGGAAGAACGCUUUUCGAAGCCCUUGAUAGCAUCGUACCUCCCGAAAGACCGGUUCAAAAACCUCUACGCCUCCCACUUCAAGACGUCUAUAAGAUUGGAGGUAUUGGAACUGUACCAGUGGGCAGAGUAGAAACAGGAGUUCUGAAGCCUGGAAUGAUCGUUACGUUUGCCCCUGCUAACAUCACAACAGAGGUCAAGUCAGUAGAGAUGCACCACGAAUCACUGACUGAGGCCUUACCUGGGGACAAUGUCGGCUUCAACGUCAAGAACAUCUCCGUCAAGGAUAUACGUCGAGGAAACGUAGCUGGUAAUAGCAAGGACGACCCACCAGUCACAGCAGAGUGUUUCGAUGCUCAGGUGAUUGUUCUGAACCAUCCCGGACAGAUCGCUGCUGGCUACUCCCCAGUACUGGAUUGCCACACAGCACACAUCGCAUGUAAGUUCGCGGAACUUAAAGAGAAAGUGGACCGUAGGAAUGGCAAGAAGUUAGAAGAAAAUCCAAAGUUCUUGAAGUCUGGAGACGCUUGCAUCAUAAAUCUGAUACCAUCCAAACCAAUGUGCGUAGAGCCAUUUGCCAAAUUUGCUCCACUGGGCAGGUUUGCUGUCCGCGAUAUGCGACAGACGGUGGCCGUUGGAGUCAUCAAGGAGGUGACCCAGAAGAAAGGAGGCCUGGGUAAAGUGACCAAAGCUGCCAAGAAAGCUCUGUAGCUUGUACCGUUCUGAUAGAAAUUGAGCAGAUUUCAGCUAAAAUCUUAACUUAUCACAUCACUAUAAGCAAAUAGUACAGCAUUUCUUCAUCUAAAGUAUAAAGUGAAGAGUUCAGGAGGAGCAAGGACUCGCAAUGUAGUGUGUUACUAAGCUGAUAUAUCUCUGUCUUAGCUACCCUAUCAUGCAUUUAACACAUAUGUUAUAAUUCCCAUAAACCAUUCAGACGGCUCUUUUUAAACAAUUUGAAGAAUCAGGUUCUGAGGAGGCGAAGAAUAUUCUAAAACUGGUGGCAGCUCAGGAAAACAAUAAUUUUCAACAGAUUAUUCUAUAGUUAUUUACAUAUUUUGGGAACAAAUGUCUUCUUUCUAUUCAUUGAUAAAAAAGUAUUAGAACACUGCAUUUAUUGCCUAUUAGAAGUAAGUUUCCGAUAGAUUCAUUUGAGAUUAAUUUGUUAUAAUACAAACAAAGCAACAAUGUGUUUUUUUCAAUGAAAAUGCUUCUCACUACCUAUUUAUUUGCCAAAAUUAUGCUGAGAUUAGAUCUGAAAGCUAUUAUUAUGUUACGUCAAAAUAGACAAAGAAAUACUGCUGAAUGUCGUUGACAUAUCAUUUCUUCUCAAGGAGCAAACAAAAUGUCUAACCAUGCACUCUGAUAUAUAUCUCACCAACAACCGUUUAUCUUUGAUGUACCACAUGUGACUUAAUAUCAAGUUUAUACUACUUAUACAAUAUAUACUACUGCUGCUGGUUCGAACUUUGAUGGGGAGGGAUAUUUAUGUAGACUCUGCCUGUUAUCAAUCCCCUUUCACUGUACCAAGUGCAAAUAAAUAUUGUUUAAAAAAACAAAAACAAUGUGUCAUCAAAAGGUCAUACAACAUUGCCCUUAUUAAUCAGUGCAUCAAAUAUUGAUGUCGGAAUGAAUAAACAAGUAGUGUAUAUCUGAUUGUGUUUUAUUUUUGCUGUAAUCACUUUCUAUAUUCAUACUUUCCACUAAUUGUUUACCCAUUUCAAAUUGCAUAUUCUUGUGGCAGUUUUUCUUGAUCCAUUCAGUAUAUUGGCGAGAAGAAAAACACGCUAAUGUUCGUUUAAAGUAUUUAAAUAUCCAAGUGAAAGUGUUGUAAACAUGCGCACUGUAGUCGGAUUCCAAAACAAAACUGUUUGAGGGCGUGGACUUAAGCUACCGGCGCAAGGUUGCAGUUGUGCGUGACGAUUGUUUUAUAUUGCUUGCAGUAUCUACUUCUACCUAUCCAUCUAGAUUGGAGAUUUAACGUGCGCUUUCCGCAUAUGGAAAUGUAAAACGAUACAUCCCUCGUAUUUCGCACCCUCGGCUGCACUUAUACUAUUGUGGGAAAAGGCGUAAAGAAUAUAUUUUGUACAAAUAAAUCUAUAUAUGUAAACAAAA